CUUCGUCCAAUAUCUAGUCGACGGUAGAUCACGUCAAAUGGAGCAGACCUCUAUUCAAAGUCGUGCAGUGGUGUUGUCAUCCGUGGGCGCAUACGAAAGAUUUGGGCGGCAUAGCGAGGCACCGAGCUGCAUAGAUAUACGGCAUUCAAAGAAAUGUCGGCAUACUGGCCUUCGGCUUCGUUGGCCGAAUGCAAAUGACAACCGUCGUUCCAUUGUCGGAAAGUCUCCCAAGAACAAGGCCGCAGCCGGCUGCAUACUCAUAUCCGAGUCCCGUUUUGUCCACAUGUUCCCUUGGGAUAUUGAGAUGCAUUAUCGUGUGACCGCAAUUUCACCACCAGACCUUGGUCUGUGUCUCCCCUGGAACCCCCAGAAGCUUGAGAUUUCAGACAGGGAUCUGAUCCAGCACUUUCAUUGCUCCGCCGCCCAGGCACUUGCCACCUUUCGGCGUCGUCCUUCUGAACUUAGCAGUUUCCUCCUCCGCAUGUGCUUAUCGAGUGAUUCGCUUUCUGCUACCGCGCUUCUAAGGGCCCUGCUUGCUUUUUCGUCCCUCCACCGCCACGGUCUCCAAGAGCAAGCAGUGGAGCUGAAGAUUUCUGCUCUAAAAGCUUUGGCAGCUGCUUCCGAAGGUGUAGAGUUUGAUACUGAAAAAAUUGUUCAACAUGUUGCAGCCGGCAUGUUACUGUAUUCAUUCGAGAUACAAACCUCCACGAGCACUUCGGGCGAUUGGACAAAUUAUAUAUGCGGUGUGAAGGAAGUCAUCAAGACGGUCAAUCUAAAGCAGAUUAUUGAGGGUAGGGAAGACAUCGAAUGCCUACGAGACUGGGUCUGCUACAAUGACAUUAUGACUCGCUUCACGCUCCGGCACUGGGUAAAAGACCCCGAGGUUCCCUUGACUCCGCCGAAAAUCUCUUACGAAGUCAACUAUGUCGCGCCUUCAACCGAGCCAAUUCUUGAGUUAUUAUCCCAAGUAUACGAUUCUGUGCCAAGGGACAUUACUUCCAUCCCGAUAUCUGACGACUAUAAAGAAUACCUGAAGAUUCUUCACUGGAGAAUUCGAAAAAUCAUCACAGAAGACACAGCAGAUGAAGCAUUUGUCAUUGCGACGUCUAUCUACCUCUAUCGACUAUCGAGUCCCUUUAUUGACGACCAGCAGAAAAAAGACGCACUGGUACUCAAUGGUUUCAAUGUUCUUUCGCGUCUGGAUUCUUGUGAGCUACAAUUUCCUGUUUUCAUCUUGGGCUGCGAAGCUCGGACAGACUGUCAACGAGGUGGUAUCCUCGACCUGAUUUCGAGGACAGAAGGCAAGAUCGGCUCGCGGUCUUUCAAGCAUGUCAAGGCGAUACUUGAGGGUAUAUGGGCACAGAAUGACCUUGUUGAUGGUCCAAAUGGGGAGAUUAGUUACUGGAAUGGUUUGCGUGCUGCCAUGAGUCGCUACACGGAGCCACCCUGCUUUGCGUAGAUGAAGUUUCCUGGGAAAGGGCGUUAUGAAGUUUGGGGUAGAAGUUUGUCUCAUCAGAUUAUACAAAUUUAGACAGCUACGUUACAUCUAUGCGAGACCACAUGAGGA